AUGCGUCUGGGAGCAAAAGUUGCAAUUCCGAUUGGUUGCGAAGAUCGGAAGAUAUUGGAAGGCACAUAUCCAAAUUCAAAUUCUGAAAUGAGUUCUAAUUCUGAGGAGGGUGUUGGUUGCGAUUGGAUACGACUGGUUGCGAACGAUCGCAAUCCAUCACCGUCUCUAGUUAUUCGAUGUGAACGACUGAUGCUUACUAUGGGAUACAAAGUCUACUUGUUAGAAUCAAUGGCGCGUGGGGUUUGCAUGAGCACAUAUUUCGAUUUUCUUGAUAAGUUAUUUAAUUUUACUCGAUUUCCAGAUUGUGUUGUUGGUGUUGUUGAAAUCGCAUCAGGAGCCAUGAACUUUGAUGAUCCAAAUUUCGUUAAUGUCUUGCGUGAAGCUUUGCGUGACUUGCAAGAAGGAGAUAGGAGGCAAGCUAGGCGUGGGCAAUUUAGGGUUACUAAAGAUUGCAAGGUCAACAAAUUCCUGAAUUCAUUGGUGUGCCCAAUCCAGAAGUAUAUUUGGAUUGGGAGAGAAAGGUCAAUGGAAGAUUCUCUUUGUUUAUUUGUUGUAAGAUAA